UGCUACAUAUCCUACAGUCCCUCAAUAUGUACAGUUUUAUGGGAGGAGGUCUAUUCUGUGCCUGUGUUGGCAACAUUCUCUUGAUAGUUUCCACAGCGACAGACUAUUGGAUGCAGUACCGCCUAUCUGGGGCUUUUGCAAACCAGGGCCUGUGGAGAUAUUGUGUAUCUGGAAAAUGUUAUAUGCAGACAGACAGUAUAGCCUACUGGAAUGCUACAAGGGCCUUCAUGAUUCUAUCUGCCAUAUCAUGCUUUUCUGGCAUCAUUGCAGGAAUCCUUUCCUUUGCACACUUCUCUGCGUUUGAGAGAUUUAACAGAUCCUUUGCUGCAGGCAUUCUGUUCUUCAUAUCUACUCUUUUUGUUCUUCUGGCAAUGGCCAUCUACACUGGUGUUACAGUUAAUUUCCUGGGUAAACGAUUUGGAGACUGGCGUUUUUCCUGGUCCUAUAUUCUGGGCUGGGUUGCUCUACUUAUGACCUUCUUUGCAGGUAUAUUUUACAUGUGUGCCUAUAGGAUGCAUGAAUGCAGGAGAGUAUCAGGACCUCGUUAGACAUAUACAGUUUGCAAAACAAAUUUACUUGAUGCUAUA